AUGAUUUCCAGAUACGGCGAUUUCGAUGCGGUGAAGGGCGUGACGUUUCACGUGAAGACGGGCCAAUGUUUUGGUUUGUUGGGUGUGAAUGGUGCAGGAAAAACGAGCACCUUCCAGAUGCUUACCGGUGAGAAUGAAAUCACUGAAGGAGAUGCGUUUGUGAACGGAUGGAGCGUAAAAACCGAUUGGAAAAAGGCUGGUGCAAAUAUCGGCUAUUGCCCGCAAUUCGAUGCUGUGCUCAAGGAAAUGACUGGAGAAGAGACGUUGUACAUGUUUGCCCGAAUUCGUGGGAUUCCGAAGAAGGACAUCCCGGAAAAG